AUGUCGUCGCUCUAUGCGAACCCCAAUCCCUCGAACAUCGACCUCAACUCGUUCGCCCAGAAUGGCAGCAUCAACCCCCAGCAGGCCUUUGGCAACCCGCAACAGACCUUCAACGUCAACUCGGUUGUUCCCUCAAAACGUCCGCGUCCCUCGGAAGACCAGAUGCAUCAAUCGCCGCACGCCCCUUCACAGUCACUAGACAUGUCGCGAUCGCAAACUCCGAUGCAGGCCGGUGCUCCCUUUGGCGCAUUCAAUUCACAGCAACAGCAGCAACAGCCCUUCCAAGCUCCACCCACCCCCUAUCAACAUCUGCAACAGAACCCUUCAGCGUCAUCAAAUGCUACUCCGUCACCAACCAUGCAACCUCAGCAGUUCCGUCCGCCGCAGCAGCCACCACAACGUAUGUCGACAGCUUCACCUGCUACCUUCGCACAGACCAUGUCUCCCGCGCCAUCGACCGCUUCCAACAACAUGAUGCAACCUGGCGCCUUCACUCCGCAGCAGCAGUCGUUCGGCGCAAACUUCAAUCCUUCUUCAUCACAAGCCAUGAACAUGUCUCAAGGCAUCACUUCUGUGCCACAGAUGCAGCAGCAGUAUCAGCAGAAGCUCUACCAGCAACGCCUGCAACAACAGCAACAGCGUCUGCAAGCCAAUAGUAUGGCUCAGGUGCGCGCCAACGCUGCUCAAACCGCUGCUGGCUUCAACCCUGCAGCUGCUGCGGCCAAUGCUAGUGUUGGAAGCGCCAAUGGUAUGGCAACUCCGGGGCAGUCAUCACAGUCAAAUCAGCAAAAGCAAGAACAGUGGAUGCGAUCGUUGCAGCAAUUCUGUCAACAAAACAACAGACCUUUCAACCCUCAGCCCCAAAUUUGCGGACGACCAUUACCUUUGUACAUUAUUUGGGUCAUUGUCCUGCAACAUGGUGGCUCUACGCGUGUGACCCAAUUUAAUGGAUGGACCACAAUCGCGCAGAAGGUUGGCUUCAACCUCCAACAAUAUCCUACUGCCCCAGCAGAACUGCAGCAGCUGUUCGAGAGUAAUCUCGGUCAAUACGAACGCCAGCAGCAAAUGCAAGCUCAGCAACAACAACAACAGCAGCAGCAGCAGCAGCAGCUGCAACAACAAGCCCUUCAGCAACAACAGCAACAGCAGCAGCAGCACUCGACUCCUGUACCUAUGAUGAACCCUCAAAGCACGCCAAUGCAGCGCCCUACUCCCACGCCUGUCAAUGGAAUGGCUACCCCACAGGCUGCCAUGCAACACCCAGCCUUGAACGAGUUCCGUCGUACAUCAAGUGUUGGCAAGCUUGACUCUGUACCGCCACCAGACCAAGAGCAAGCUCGAGUUUCUGCUUCGCCAGCAAUCAAAGCUCCAUCAGAAACAGGCGGUACUCCGAGCAUCAAGCGCGAAGCUAGCACUGCCGAGCUCAAACACGUCACAGGCCAGGAAACAGAGUACGAGCCGCACAGGCGUUCUUUGGAUUACUAUGGUGGAUACGACAUUAUCCCGUUGGCCAAGCUUGGCAGCGAGAUUGCUCGUCUGGUUCCUGAUGUGCCUAUGGUCGAUGAGAUGGGACUGAUUGACAUCCGUGCUCUUACCUUGAGUCUUCAGUCUGGUAUUCAUGCUGAAACUCGUCACGCCUUGGAUCAUUUGACGUUGAUCUCGAUAGAACCGCGCAUCAACCUGGAUCUUGACAAGUGCGAGGACUUGACAGACGUACUGGUCGACUGCGCCGAAGCUCAGCUUGACAUCCUUGCGGAUGGUGCUGCCGAAGUGUCAGACGGCCUUGACUUGCCAUCCUACGAAGAUCUUGUCAAACUAUGUCGCAUCGAGAACGAGUCUCUGCAGGACAUUCCUGCCGUUGGCACCCAGGAGUAUGAGCUCGAUCGCGCUGCUGAUCGCCUCAUUGCCGUCACGACGUUGCUGCGGAACCUUUCCUUCAACGAAGCAAACCACCGCCUUCUAUCUUCCAAUUCUGUUGUUAAUUUUGUCUCGAACGCAAUUCGCUUGCUGGGCACUCGCAAUACUUUCCUUCGCACCUCGAGGAACGUCGCAGAUUUCUACAAAGACAUCAUCACAUUCCUCUCUAACAUCACUGGUGUCCUGGAGUUGCCGAGUCGCGAUGAUGCUCUUCAUAUCCUUCAGUUUAUUUUGGCAUUUGCUCCUCAGCCAGCGCCCACACUUUCAUCCGAUUCUCCGUUACUAUUCAGCCCUUACAUACCUUUGGCGCAACGACACCUUCCACUUGCAGUCGACUGUCUUGCAAAACUUUUGGCUCGCCAAGAACCUAAUCGGUCGUUGUACCGCAGCAUUUUCACCUCAUCACAAACACUCAACCCAUCCGAGUCUGUUCCACCAGCAGACCUGCUUACCUCCGCCUUUGCUCUGAGCAUAUCUGUCUUACCGGAGCGUUCGAAACGAGUGUUCUCCACUACGGUUGAACUCAAGAUGGUAGAAGCUAGAAAGGCUCUACUCACGCAGGGCAUGUUAGCCGCUGAUAUCCUAGCAUCAAUGGUCCCAGCAGCGCACUCUUAUGACGGGACCGAGGAGAAGAAUCUCGCUCGUGCAUGGCUUGGCUCUGAUGAUCGUUGGCCCGGAAGUCUGUUGCGUAUGGCCUUUGUGCUCUCGGUUGAUCGCUCUGCACAAGCCCACAGACAACAACCGGGACAUCCGCACAUGCCACCUAUGGACCCAGACAUGCAGAGUUAUGGCCUCAUAACGCAUCGUGGGCUUGGCAUGUUGGCACGGUUGGUAGAGAAGGCCGGGUUGCCUGCUUCAGAAAAGGCAAGAUCCACUUCUGAAGACGAUGAGUCACGAGGGAAUGGCGUCCAUGGUGACGAUGAUGAGGAAGACCGAGAUGAGUUUGAUGAGUAUGACAAGCCUACGCCGAGCUGGAUAGCAAGGUGUAACCCGGCUCCCCAGCGCGAGACGGUUCUCGGCGCUCUGCUGUCUCCAGACGCAGAUAAAGUGGCCUUGAAACUCUUGUGCAAACUUUACGAUAUGGCGGCUGCAUGA